UUCUUCGAAGCUAUGCAUACAUACUGCGCUUCCUACACCAUCGACCCAGUCGUCCUAGUUUGCUCUUCAGAGAAUCGUCCUUCUCGUCUGUUACCAGACGCAAGACUUGUUACGCUGGCUCCGGCGCUCUGACUCGAGCGCGAUGGAGCAGACCAAAAGUACAGCACCGCGAGAAGCUUGAUGGAGAGCACCGAAUCAUAUCGCCGCAAUGCAGCGUCCUUCAGCGUAUGGUGGACACGGCAGGGGACAAAUGAACGGCGAAACGAAGCGCGACGUCAGGCAUGGUGUACGCACCGCGGCAGAGCAAGCUUUGGGCAAGUCUACGCACGUCGACCAUCCAGCAAGGGAGGGGCAUUCAAAUGCAAGGCGCUCGCCACGUCCACAGUUCGAAGAGACAUCCUCGGACCAAGACAAUCCUUGGGGAUCGCAGGAGGAAGAGACCCUCACUCGUAUCGAAGACGCAUGGGCGUCGCAGAGAGUCAAGGGAGCUGCUGCUCCAGCGCCCGCAGCCGGCCAAGGAGGCAUGGAUCCCGUAAAUCGCUUCAGUGCAGCGAGUAGAUACGCUCGUCCGAGCGGCCCAGCUCCUCCAGCUGGUCAUACCUCCACAGGCAGGCCAUUGACUGUCAAAGAUGCUCCAGCGCCGCCCAGCCGAAAGUACGACGGUCCCCUUCCCAGUGACCUGCCACCACCACAGAGUCAGCUUCAGCCUCGGGCCGCUCAUGACGGCCUACAAUCUCGUGCACCAUCAAGGCGCAGCGUACCCAGUGCGAUCAUCGAAGAACAGGAGGAAGAGGGAGAUUCAUCAACGUCCUGGCAUGAACACGCGGUCGGUGACCCGCAUGAAGCAUCGCUGCAGCGUGAGGACGACGAAGAUGACGGCCAGAGGUUGGUGCCUUCUUCUCCAGACCCACCUGCCCAACUCCAAUCCACGCUCGACGCUUUCGAAGCCGGUGCCCCUUGGUCCAAUCCACCAGGCACAGCGGCAGAGAGGUCUUACUUUCUCCGCCGUCAGCCGAGCAGCUCUCCCGAGCCACAAGAUCCUUUGCCAGCAGAUGGCGACUCGAGAGUCGAGGACUCAAAUGGACGAGACCGAUCGCGCGAUCCGCAACGAGCUCAUCCUGCCCCACUUGCGGCUCUUCCACCUGCAAAGAGGCCCCGUCUGGGCAUGGGCAGACCGCAUGGUCAGCCUGCGGGCCCUCCGCUCGCAAUGGCGCCUCAGGUGGAGCGCGUGUCAGCUCAGACGACAAGCGCAUUGCAGCGACCCCUUUCGCCAGCACCUCGCACUCUCUCCACAUCGGCAUUACAGCGCCUGCAACCCGGUCCAGACGAAGUAUUCAUAUCACACGAUGGUCGAGGUAGCUUGCAAGGAACUGCUCUGCCUCGUGCGCCUGCGACCACUGGCGCAAAGGGUAGCAGGAGUGUCAUGGGCGCUGAUGAAGAUUGGGACAUGGACGAUCCGGAUUUAUGGGCGGACGAGGAGUCACUAAGAUUGGCGGAAGAGGCUGCCGUAUUCCAGGCUAGUCAAGCGGUCAGAGCCAGUCAGAUGCAGUCGGAACUCAUUUCUGCGACUGGACGACCGGCUCCCUUGCCUCACGGGCGUCGGAAUGUUGGUCUGGGAUCCGAUCAGGCGCGCAGUAGCCGUGUGCUAGCUAGGACGGAGAGCGCGCCCGCAAUCAGUCCCUCUAGUGCCGAGAAACAUUCUCGUGCGCAAGAGCAACGACAUGCAGUACAAAAUUCAUCCACUCUCGGGACGUUUCAGCAACUUGCGAACGGGCGCCAUGAUGCAGCAUCCAGGGUGCCCAGUCGAGCGGGCACGCCUACAAACGUGGGGUCGAUCGCGGGUGUUGCGGUAGUGAGAGGACUGCCAAAGGUAGAUCAGCAGAGCAGAGCGGGCGGCCGAAAUCCAAUGGUGACGCCAAUUGCAGAUCUUGCAGCGACAGCUGAGGAAAAGAUACGUCAGCUGGAGGACGAAAGACGUAAGGCCCGCCAAGCUGCCGAUGGGGAGAUCAAUAUCCUACGCUCUAGGCACACCAAACUUGAGAAGGAAGCUGACCAACUACGCAAGCAAAAUGCUGAGCUUGCGGUCCGGCAUGCAGAUGAGUUGGAAAGGAUAAGGCGUGAAAGAGAGGAGGAGAGGAUGGCGAAUGAAACGCAGGCGGCCUUUGGACACAUUCAAAAUGCGACCUCUUCGCGCUGGGUGGCUGGAGGCUCAGUGCGGCGGAGGGCGCCUGCAACGCUUUUGCGCGAUGGAUCAGGGCCAAACAGCAGUGCUGCACAAAGGGCGGGGCUGACGACGCCGACUAAAAGGGGUGGUCGUAUGCUUCGCAAUCUCGGCUCAGGAGGACGCUCUCAAGAUCGAGAGUCGGAAGAGAGCCCCAGAAGCCAAAGGAGGGCCAACGAUAUUCUGCCGUUCCCGAACCUCGACAACUCGUUCGCCUUGCCCAAGUCGCGUCGCACCUCUCAUCCAGAGCAGCAGACACUCACUGAGCCCCAACUUCUGGAAGAGUCUCCGUCAUCGCAAUUGCAGGGCACUCCGACGGUACGCGUCCUCGAGGCGAAGCAAAAAGCCGAAAGCUUGUGGUCCGACCCUCUCGCCCGAUACCCCUGGAUGCAAGCGAGCUACGCGAAGAAGCGCGCAGAACUGCUUGGGUCAGUCAUAGCGCACACGAAUGGUCAGCAAGAAUCCGUGUUACUGCCUGUCGCAGAUUCUGCCCAAGACGAGACACAGCCUAGAGCUACACAAGUGGCUUCUCAGGAUCGCACUCUCCAGAGGCUCUUGAAUGCGCGUUUGUCCCGACACACCGACCGAAGUCUACAAGUUGCGUACGCAACGGCUUGCUCCGAACUACUGGCUCUGCUUAGCAGUCCCUCAGAUGCCUCGCUCCGCUUUUCCUUUUUGGCGCACCGUCUUGGAAAAGAUCGAGGCAACAAAGAACUUGAAGACGAAGACUGGUACGAUGCGAACGAUCUCUUUGAGCAGGGCCUGGACGGAACGGUCGAAGAAUUGAUCCAAAUACUUCUCAGAUUCCUGGACGUCUUCUGGGAUCUCCGCAGCCUGGAUGGUAUCAUAGAUGUACUGGGUCUCUUCACCAGCCUCUCCCUGCGCCACGCGUCUGCUAUACGCGCAGCGUUGUUCGUCAGCGAUUCGGGUGAACAAGAACGGGAGUUUCAGCGAAAUGAAGACGAUGCUAUGGAAGAAGUUGUGCAGACUGACAGUUCGGCCGCUGCUCGCAAUGAGCAGCGCCUAGACACUCCAUCAAAGCGGCGAAAGCCGGGUCCUCCACGAAAAGGAGUGUCAUUUGCGGAGACUUUAAUCGCAUAUGUGCGAUUGGCUACCACGCCAGCAAGCCAGGCCAAAGCUAAGAGCGAGGCCGCACAGGCAUUCCAGACGACACCUUUGGACAACAAGCUGCACGUUCCUAACGCGGCUAGGCCUGACGACGACCGCCUUUCGCAGCCUACAGAGACUGAUGAAUUCCAUGCGUCGUGGCAGCUCACGACUUUCGACUCGGAGAAUUUAUUGGCGUCAGUAGCACACGUGCUUCAGGUGAUGAGUGUAGUGCUCCAGACGCACGAAGUUGAAACCUUGCGCCAACUAUUCAAGGCGACCGGAUUUCUUGGGACCCUGUUGCUGAGCAGUCGCUCGACAUCUACCUUGCUUCGCGUUUUAAGGAUGUUGACGUCCGCAAUUCGGUUCCCGAGUGCUUGGCACGUCAUUUUAGCAUGUCCCAUGGAAAAGACAGACCUUGCUGCUUUGCAUCCGCGCGUCUCGAACUCUCCUGCCCCGCUGUUCGAGCUGCUCUGUGCGUUGUUGAAAGACUCCGAAACGGCACGGCGACCUUCAUCAGAGAUGCACGCUAUCCACCAAACCAUCACAGUCUUCCUCACCCAACUGGUGUUGACCCAGCCACAAUCGCUGCCAGUCGUGGCUGAGAGUGCACCUCUCCUCACAGCCCUCGUUCGGCGGAUGUAUGAAGACACGACUGUGGUCUGGCACCUCGAUGGUGUCUCGACGCCUCAAUUACAUGUUGACAGCGCACAGUUGGUGGCAAGAUUAGUCUCAACAGUCCGCUUGCUAGGCACGCUAUAUGCGUUUCCCGAGAGGCCUGUCAGCUUGGCUAGAAGAAUCUCUUCUGACGCCUGCCACGCCGUCUACAAUGGCGCGAGGCAUGCAUACAUCUUGUCGCUCAGCCGCAUCGCGUUUGCGGAGGAGCCAGAGUGGAUAGCAGGGGAAGAAAGGGACGAGAUGCAGGAAGUGGGAGACUUGGCUACCGAGCUACUUGAGCUGGUGUUGACACCAGACGAACUCGACGCCGCGUGGGAGCUCUGUGCGGAUAGAUCAGAGUCUGGUGAGCCUGAAAAGAUAGAAGGAGCUGAAGAUGCAGAAGGCGAUGCAGUGAUGGGGCCUGGCCCCACUCAGGCAUCAGAAACUCAAUAUGAGGAAGAAGAGGCGAUGCAAAUGGACGUGGGCGAUGCGCCAGUCGACCAGAACGUUCGAAAUACAGACUCCCACUUGGCAAAUAUCCGAACGUCCGAUCGGGCUGUAGGAAGUCAAGGGAAAUCGCCAGCGCUGGUGGAAGGCCAGGUCAAUCUUUGCUCAAUACACAUGCCACGCAAUAAGGAAAAUCAUCAAGUCGCAGCCAUGAUCGAGAAGCCUCAGCAUCAGGAGGGAAGGGGCAUACAGGGAGGCAAAAGAAGACCGAUUUAUCUUCAAGUCUCGGACUCUGAGGAGGAAGGAUGAACACGCUGCGGCGAUUAUUGUCCGGGUGCGGGGCGCGGAUACAAGGAUCAUGGCAAUAUCAUCGCCUCUUCACGUACGCACAAGCAUUUGUAUCAUAAGUGUCGGCAGAAUUGCCACCAUAAUCGCAAC